GUACCGGAGUCACUGAGAAUAGCAAGCAUGUCCAGCAACCGUGUUACAGCCUGGACUGUAUCAGCAGGGGAACACUCAAUACUUGAGGCCACGAAUAUUGAGCAGUUGCAUCUCGCACACAACCAAAUGCCUACCCUACAAGGUAGUUCCAAUAUUCUGAAGCAGUUAUGCAAGUUGUGGGAGCUUGACUUGGCGGGGAACGUUAUGGCUACCAUUCCACCCUUACCUUCUUCCGUUGUCGAGCUGUGGAUGAACGACAACUCUGUGGAGAAUCUAGCAGAAGUUUGUGCGGCCCUCAAAGAGCUUCCUAAGCUCGCUACCGUCUAUCUCGAAAGGAAUCCGUGCCAGACUGAUGCUCCUCCCCUUUACCGCUCACAAAUCCUUGCUGCCUGUUCCAAUCUCCAUCAACUGGAUGCAACCGAGCUUGGGGCGGAACCCAAAUGGACACAUCAAGAUACCUCUCAUAGCAUUUUAAAGCACAGAAG